AUGUCUCACUUUGAUAACUUGGAAUCCUAUCCUCCAUUUUUUCGCCCAAACCAUGGUAUCGACUCUAAUGAACAAGCCUGCAAAACAUCAGUACAUUUAGAUUCAGAUUGUCUUCCGGUUAUUGAUUUUCUGUGCAUGAACCCUGAAAAUCUAAGUGAAGCCUGUAGAGAUUGGGGCAUGUUCCGGCUUAUCAACCAUGGAGUUCCAUUGAACCUGUUAAACCAGCUCCUUGAUCAUGCCAAGCAGCUUUUCUCUCUUACAUUUGAAUCUAAGCAAGAUUUGUUAAGCAGCACCAGCCCCAUAGCCUACUUUUGGGGCACCCCUGCCCUUACGCCGUCUGGCGACGCCCUACAAAAAGGCUCCGGCACUCAAGAUCAUAACUGGUUGGAGGGUUUAAAUAUUUCUCUAACCAAGCUUUCCAAGUUUCAAUACGAAGAUCCACUCCUUGAGUCCUUCAGAUCCUCGUUGGAAGAAUAUGGAAGGCAACUAAGUAGGGUGGCUACAACAUUAUUCAGCACCAUGGCUGAGGACCUCAAACUUUGUUCAACAAAAUCCAAGUCUUAUUUAUCACCUCCCACUGGAAUUCUAAGAGUUUAUCGCUACUUCCGGUGCAUGGACUCCCACCAAAGAUGGGGUAUAAAUGCGCAUACUGAUAGUUCUGUUAUUUCAAUAUUACAUCAAGAUGAAGUACAAGGACUUCAAGUUUUCAAAGACAAUCAAUGGCUUGAUGUCAAACCUAUUCACAACACUCUAAUUGUCAAUCUUGGAGACAUGGCCCAGGCAAUGAGCGAUGAUAAAUAUUUGAGUGUAAAGCAUAGAGUGAAGGUGAACAGAGAUAAAGAGAGAAUAUCAAUAGGUUAUUUUGUGUUCCCAGUUGAAGAUGCAUUGAUCGAAUGCUCUAAAUACAAGCCUUUUACUUAUGCUGAUUUUCGGACCGAGGUACAAAAUGACUUGAAGACUCUGGGCACCAAGAUUGGUCUCCAAAAAUUUGAGGCCACACAAGAAUGA